GUUGUUGCUGGGUGGAACAGCGUAAUGCUGUUGCUGCUCCUGCUCCAGCACCGUGAUGAUUCUGUUCCAGAUUGUGCUGACUCACAUUCAAGAAAACAUGAUACACAGACACAAUGCACUGUAACUCUUUUCCUUUCCCCCAGUAACCUCGAAAGUUUCUGUAGCUCAUGCAAUAAAUGGCUGAGACAGGAACUGUAAUACCAAGAGAUGAAGAGGGGAUUCAAAAUAACAGUGAUGAUGAAGACCAAUUUCUGAAUCCUGAUGCUGUAAGAGCAUCCCCCAGUUGCUCUGCCAGCCCUUUGUUAGCCGGCCUUAAUGAAGACAAGGGAAGCUCAGCAGUGCCAGAAAGACUGUCUGUCCUCUCCAGCAAGGCCGUGGCCCAGGCAAAAGCCCUGACUGGCUCAGAGAUGCUUAGUGGUGGCCAGGCACAGAGGACAGCCUCUGGGUUGGAUGAGCAUCAUUCAACAGUUGUAAAUGCAUCGUUAGGUGGCUCGUCAUACCCUGUGGCAGUUGGUAACCUGCAACCUGUGGACAUUGCCUCCCUGUGCUGCAAAAGCCCCUGUUGUGAUGAAGACCUGAGUUCGGAGGUGCUGCAGGUCCCAAGGGUGCCUGGCAGGGCCAGCGAGCCCCCACAGGCUGUCACUGGCCUGCCUGGAACUGACCCUGGAGUCUACCAUCUGCAGCAGGCAGGGAGAAGUGCCAAGGGCAAUAUGGCCCCUUGUAGUCUGGGUCGGGUGAUUUGGAUGAAGACUGCGAAAGUAAUGGAAACUUUAGAAAAUAAGAAAAAGGAGGAAAAGGAGAAGUACCGGCUCCAGCUAGCUAUGUACCGACGGCUUCUGCUGUUGCGCUCAAUCAGGAGCUUGCAUAAGCAGCUGGAACAGCAGCAGGCCAGAUUGCAAGAAUGCUACGGCACAGUCAUAAAUACCAAGAAAGAAGUGUUGAAACACAUCGGCUCAACCUCGCCCUCACCUUCGCUGUAAUCGUGUUGCUGCAUGCAGAUAUGAGCUUCGUCAUGCCACCGGAGCCGUCAGUAAGCUUGCAUGCCAUAGGGGUGGUGUCCUCAUACCCAAGAGUACAUGCCCAUGUAUUCCAAGAGCAGAGGAAACAGCAGCAACAGCAGAGCAAAGGGGAAGGUAAAGUGUUGGCUCCUGAACUUAUCUGGAGGAAACCAGAGCAAGAUUGUACCUGUGCAAGAAGCUGACUCCUGAUGUACACUCAAAGCCUCAAGCUGAAAUAGGAUUUUUGGCUUAUAGGUUUGUAAAAAUAAAAAAAAAAAACCAAACAACCAAACACAACUGGGAACCUAGUGUGACACCUGAUUGUAAAAGUGGUCAUGUAAGAGUUGCUGCCUUCUGAAUAUGUGAUAUGGCACAUCUCCCUUCUACUUUCAGUGCUAACAAAAUUUGAGUAGAAUUAGGGUUCAUCUCUCUGCAAGAACAUCUGAAUCUAGAAAGCCAGGAUGUCUGAAACACUUAAGCUCAGGCUUGAUUAUAUCUACCUAGCUGCCCAUUUUUCACAAAACUGCUAAGGCCAUUUUAUGUUUGUGACCUCUACCCUCCUAUAAAAUGUAUUCAGAUUGACCAGAAAUUAUUGUGGGAAGGUAGGACAGUCAAACGCA